AUGUACUUUUAUCAUUUAAAAUUCGAGUUAUACCCUCUUACUAGUAGUAUUCAGGCUAUAAAUUUACACGAUUCAAGUUCUUCAAUAAAUAAAAAAGAAACCUCUGAACAAAAUAAUUCUUCUGAUCCAUAUUUCGUUCCUAAAGAUAUUUUCGAAAAGCUUCCAACACACCGGUCAAAUUCUAAUAAGAAAUUAUCAUUAAAAAGAUCCAAUAGCUUUAAUAAAUCGAAGUCAAAAAUUAAGUCGAAAGUUAGAUCAAAAUCGGUAGAUCAAGCAAAAAAUCUUCGCUCUAGUGAAAUACCGUUGAUUCCUCCCACUCCUGUAUCAAAAGAAAGCCAGUCUCAUAAUAAUUUUUCGGGUGUUCUCACUUCAUCAUCAUCUAAUUGCAAUACAUUUGUUCGUAGAAGAAAAUCUUUUACGUCUGCUACAUUACCUCAAUUCACAGAAGAUCGUACUUUAAAUUUUGAUAAAACUCACGAUUUUCGAUUUGGUAAUAUUGAGAUUGAGUGGUUUGAUAAUAUUGAAGAAAAUAUGAAUGAAGAAUUAAAUACCAAUGCAGUCAACAAUAAUCACAAUGGAAACAAAAAUGAGACAGAAUCUUCAGAGAGUAUCUCACCUUCAUCUAUAAAGAAAACUAAAUCUAGUAGUGAAAAAACUACUAUUUCUCCAGCUGGUGAAUUUGUUCCAUUAAAUUCCGGAAAAACAAAUCUAAGUUAUGAAAGAAAUUCAGUCGAGAGUGAAAAGCGUGAUGAUCUUCCUAGUCUUGGGAAUCACGCAACAAUAUUGGCUGUAUUGGCUGUUCCAUCAUAUAUGACAGCUUCUGAUUUUUUAAGUUUUGUUGCUCCAGUAAGGAAAUAUGUUAGUCACUUUAGAUUUAUAAGAGAUUCAGCUCCGAACAAGUUUAUAGUGUUAAUGAAGUUUCGUCAUGCACGAGCUGCUAAAGAUUUUUAUAAACAAUUCAAUGCUCGUCCGUUUAGUUCAAUGGAGCCCGAGAUAUGUCAUGUUGUAUAUAUCAAAUCUAUCGAGUUCAAAUCAACUUCCAUCCCACCAUAUGCAUUUCCUUUUUUACAUGACCCUUUCUUACCUUUAUCAAGUGAAAUUGAUCCAUCAUCUACGCAAGAUGAUAAAAUUAAGCAAAGCACUUCCCCGUUACAUGAACUCCCUACGUGUCCCGUAUGUCUUGAAAGAAUGGACGCAUCUGUUACAGGAUUGCUCACAAUUCUAUGUCAACAUACGUUUCAUUGUAAUUGUUUAAGUAAAUGGGGUGAUAGCAGUCAGAAACGUAACUAUUAUGAUACAUCACUGGAGCAAAAUGAAUGUGGUGUUUGUGGAGCAACAGAAAACUUGUGGAUAUGCUUAGUCUGUGGUAACAUUGGAUGCGGACGAUAUCAAGAAGCUCACGCAUAUUGUCAUUAUAACGAAACUUCCCAUUUAUACGCUUUAGAAUUGGAGACUCAAAGAGUGUGGGAUUACGCCGGUGAUGGUUACGUUCAUCGUUUAAUACAGAAUAAAACAGAUGGUAAAUUAGUGGAAUUACCCGGUCCUGAUGCACCAUCUCAAUUACAACAGCAAAGACAUGAUCAAGUUAAUCAGGAUAAACUUGACGCCAUUGGGUUAGAAUAUAGUUAUCUUUUAUCAACUCAACUUUCAUCACAACGAACAUUUUACGAAGAAAAACUUGAUUCCGUAACAUUACAAUUAUCACAAUUGACCAAUCAGUAUCAGAAGCUAGCAAAUGAAGUUUCUGCUUUGAAACAGGAUAAAGAUAAAGUUCAAAGUGAAAAGGAAACAUUGGAAAAAGAUAAGAUUCCAUCAUUAAUAAGAGAGAAGAAAUCUGUCGAAAGAAAAGUUGAGAAAUUUAUUGAAAAGUCAGAGAAACUGGAAAGAGAACUUAAAGAUGAGAAGGAGAUUACCAAAUCUCUAUUAACUAAACAGCAAUACUUGCAAACGCAACUUGAAGAUAAAGAUGCUAAAAUCAAAGAUUUUGAAGAACAAAUAAGAGAUUUGAUGUUUUUUCUUCAAGCACAAGAGAAAAUAAAAGAUAAUCCUGAUAUAGUUGGUGGUGAUGUAAUUGUACCAGAAAAUAGGAGUGGAAGUGGUAAAAAGAAAAAAGGCAAAAAGUGA